AUAUUGCCUCUUUACACAAAAUUUAACUUCGAUUUUUACCCACACAAAAAGUCACCACCAAUCCAGUCCGCAGCCGCUUUACCUUUUCACCCCCACGGGGCAAAUGGAAGUGUUUACCGGCGACCAUGGUCUGCCAAGCGACGGCGUCCUCUUCCCAGAUACACACUUAUCUCCUUUCACUCUACCCACAACCGAUUCCUUCACCGAUCAGCAUAAAAUCUCAAUCGACCACCACCAUUUUCUUCCUCCGCAGCCGCCGCAAAAGCUCCGUCCAAUAAGAUGCAAUGGGCGCAGUUUUACUGACUGUUGUGCUUCAGAUGAUCCUCUUGAUACAAAGCCGGUUAGCUGGCAGCCGGAGGCUGAGUUCUAUAAUACAGAAAUUGGCGAUGGUAGUUUUAUUCCCCCAAAGCCUUCUACUUUAGGUUUGUCAUCUAAAGAAUGUCAAACUGAGGCUGCAUUAAGUUCUUCAGAUGAAAGCAGCAAACUUCAAGAACCCAUUGAGGAACCCGUAAACAAGAAGAAAAGGAAGAGAAAAUCCAGGAAAAAACUCGAGUCAUUCAUCGAAUCCAUGAUGAAAACAGUAAUAGCAAAGCAAGAAGAAAUGCACAAACAACUAAUGGAGAUUCUAGAACAGAAAGAAACCGAAAGAAUCAAACGAGAAGAAACAUGGAAAAAACAAGAACUCGAAAGGGCAAAACGGGAAGAACAAGCCAGAAAACAAGAAAUAUCCCGCAGCCUAGCUCUCAUCACCUUCAUUCAAAACACAUUAGGCCAAACCAUCGAAAUCCCAAACCCUAAUCUUGAUGCAACCCAAGAAAAUCAAAAUGAAGAAACUUGUAAACCUGAUAAUCCAGGUAAUAAUAAUGAUCUAGAACCCAUAUGUCAUGAUCCAAUCAGUAGUAGUAAUCUUGAAGACCAUGAUCAAUGUGAUUCAAAUAUGAAAAGAUGGCCAAAAUCUGAAGUACAAGCACUGAUAACAAUUCGAGCUGCUCUGAAUCAGAAGUUCACCGGAAAAUGCCAGAGAGGCGGUGUCUGGGAGGAGGUGGCUGCCGGAUUAUCUGGUAUGGGGUAUAAUCGGACUCCAAAAAAAUGCAAAGAGAAGUGGGAUAAUAUUAACAAGUAUUAUAGAAGAACAAUGGAGAAUCGAAAGGAGAGUAGUGGAAAGAGUCAAGUGUGCACCUAUUUUAAUGAGUUGGAAAUGUUGUAUAAAACUGGAUUUAUUUCAGGAAAUUCUCAUGAAGAAGAUCAAAAUCAAACCAUGAAGGAGUUGCACUAAGGGUGUUGUAUGAGAAGUCGAGAAGAAGAUUUUUAUAUAUGUAUUACAAUGUUGUUAUUGGCGUAUCAAAUUUUGUAGACUUAAAAUUAAGUUAAAAAGACUUUAUAUA